CUGGGAUAGAAAGGUAUUGAUUCACAAGUUGCCCAAUGGUAGAUCUGUUAGAUUGCAAAAGUUCAAAGCUAACAGUCUAAUAGAAAACUACAGGUGCAUGUGUGCAUCAUCCUUCUAUAACUAUUAUAAGCAGAAUCGCGAGGAGGGCAUGUAUCUAGUAUUUGUCUCUGAGAAAGGGGAGGACGUUAAAACACCCCCAGAGAUAGAAACAGUCGUCGCACAAUAUUUAGACCUUUUUGAGGAGCCCACAAGCGUGGUAGAAAGGGAGGUUGUCCAUGCAAUAGAGGUUGUCCCAGGUAGCAAGAUGCCUAGAGGACGAAUCUAUAGAUUGUCUCCUGCGGAGUUAGAUGAGCUUCGCCGCCAACUCAAGGAGCUCACAGAGAAGGGAUGGAUACGGCCGAGUACCUCCCCUUACGGUGCGCCAGUCUUAUUUGUCCCAAAGAAGGGAGGUCCAUUAAGGAUGUGCAUUGACUAUAGGGGCCUCAAUGCCAUCACGGUGAAGAACGUGGAGCCCCUACCCCGCAUUGCCGACCUCUUGGAUAGAGUGCAGGGAUGCCGGUACUUCACAAAGAUAGAUCUGAAGUCCGGAUACCAUCAAAUUGCCGUUAGACCUGAGGACCAACACAAAACCGCAUUUCAGACCAGGUACGGUCUGUACGAGUUUGUGGUGAUGCCUUUUGGCCUAUGCAAUGCGCCUGGUACGUUCCAGCACGCGAUGAAUAGGAUUUUUCAUGACUACUUGGACAAGUUUAUCGUCGUGUACCUCGACUAUAUUCUCAUCUCUAGUAGGACUGUAGAGGAGCACGCUGAGCACUUGAAAACAGUGCUAGGUCUCCUAAGACAGCACCAGUACAAGGUAAACUUGGAUAAACGCGAGUUUGGUCGCACCAAGAUCUUGUACUUGGGUCAUGAAAUUUCAGCAGAUGGAUUGAGGCCGAAAGAUGCGAAGGUGGCCAGCAUACGUGACUGGCCUAGACCUCAGACUGUUACUGAGGUCAGAUCGUUUUUAGGGAUGACGGGCUAUUAUCGUCCAUUUGUGAAGAACUAUAGUACUAUAGCUUCCCCAUUAACAGAUCUAACUCGACUUGACGCCCCUUGGGAGUGGACUGAAGAGUGUGAGGCAAGCUUCAAGAAAUUGAAGUAUGCUCUAACACACUAUGAAGUUCUCAAACUUCCUGAUCCUGACAAGCCAUUUGUUGUGACCACAGACGCCAGCCAAUAUGGCAUAGGCGCGGUCCUUGCGCAACAGGAAGGGCCCAAGUUGAGACCGAUCGAGUAUAUGAGCAAGAAGAUGUCAUCUCAAAAGUUAGCUAAGUCCACGUAUGAGAGAGAGCUUAACGCCCUAUACAGAGCGCUAGUCCAUUGGAGACACUACCUCCUAGGAAGAUUCUUCAAUGUGAGGUCUGACCAUGAGACUUUGCGUUGGAUUAAGACACAGCCUGUGUUGUCAGACGCACUCAAGAGAUGGAUUCAAGUGAUAGACAUGUAUGACUAUCAACUUGAUCCUAUCAAGGAGAUUGUACUUUCACUCUUGCGACAACACAAGUAUAAGAUCAACUCAGAGAAAUGCGAGUUCGGUAGCGCUAAAAUCUUGUCCUUGGGUCAUGAGAUAUUCGCGGACAGGAUAAGGCUUGAAGAUGCCAAGGUGGCUAGCAUUCGUGACAGGCCACAACCUCGGAUUGUGAUCGAGGUCGGAUCUUUCUUAGGGAUGUGUGGCUACUACCGCAACUUUGUAAAGAACUAUAGUACGGUGGCCAGCCCUGUGACUGAUCUAACACGCCUUGACACACCAUCGAAAUGCAUUGACGAGUGUGAAGCUGCUUUCAAGCAAUUGAAGCAUGCUCUCACGCACCAUGAAGUUCUCAUGGUUCCCGAUCCUGAGAGGCCAUUCUUUGUGACCACAGAUGCAAGCCAAUAUGGCAUUGGAGCAGUGUUGGCUCAGCAGGAAGGGAAGAAGUUGAGGCCGGUCAAGUACAUGAGUAAGAAGAUGCCUUCCAAGAAGUUAGCGAAGUCCACCUAUGAAAAGGAACUCUACGCCCUCUAUAAGGCACUUGUCCAUUGGAGACACUAUCUGUUGGGAAGGUUCUUCUAUCUGAGAACUGACCACCAAACGCUCAAGUGGAUCAAGACACAUCUUGUUCUCUCUAAUGCACUCGAACAGUGGAUUGAGGUCAUAGACCAGUAUGACUUCAAGCGAGACUAUGCGAAGGGAGAGUAUAACAAGGUUGCUGAUGCGCUGUCACGUAGAGCAGACUACCUUGGUGCGCUAAUUACAGAGUUUGGAUUAUCUUAAGAUGUAACUCGAUUGAUGGUGGAAGCCUACAAAGAAGAUCCCGUCACGAUGGCCAUCAUCCGCAAACUUGAGGCCCAAAACAAGGCCACAUCUGAUGAGUUUGUGAUGGUGGAUGGGUUACUCUUCCUUGAGAAGGCAGGAUUUAAGAGAUUAGUUGUUCCAGAUAGCGAGAUUUUGCGUAGUUUAUUUUUAGGAGAAUGUCAUGAUGCAAUGGGACACUUUGGCUAUAAGAAGACUAGUGCGAAUCUGAUACAACGAUUUUGGUGGCCCAGUAACAAUCCACAGACUCCAGCUCCACUUGGGUUACUCAAGCCCCUACCCAUUCCAGCUGGUCCGAGACACUGUUUCCACGGACUUCAUGGAUACCCUCGUGACCAGCAAGAGUGGCAAGAGGCAUAUCUUCGUCAUAGUUGACAGGUUUACCAAGUUCGCCAGACUGAUUGCCAUGCCGGAGACCGCAAGGACUGAGCACAUCAUCAAGUUAUUCAUGGAUAACUGGGUGCGUGACUUUGGAUUGCCAAAGACUAUCGUUAGUGAUAGAGAUGGUCGUUUCACAAGUGAAAUGUGGAAGAAGGCUGCAGAACAAAUGGGCGGCCAACUC